GCAGUCUUUUAAAGAAAUGGUUGCUGCAUGCUUAGUGAAAGAUCCAAAAAAACGUCCUUCAUCUGAAAAGCUUUUAAAGCAUCCUUUCUUUAAACAAGCAAGAACACCUGAUUACCUUCAACGUACUAUACUUGAUGGUCUUCCUCCUCUAGGAGAUCGUUUUAGGAUGCUAAAGGCAAAAGAAGCUGAUCUUCUUCUACAGAAUAGUGAAUUAAAUGGAAAUAAAGAUCAUUUAUCACAGCAAGAGUAUAUUCGAGGAAUAAGUGCUUGGAAUUUUAAUUUGGAGGACUUGAAGAAUCAAGCUGCACUUAUUCACGACUAUGAUGAAAAUUCAAAUGCAAAUGAUCCGAAUUCAAGUUCAAAGCAAGAAAAUGGAUUCAAUGAUGUUGGAUUACAAUCAGAAAGGCCAUUAUCCCCUGAGAUAAUAAUACCUAAUCAUUCAGAUGAUGUUGAGGAUGAAAUUGAUGAAGUUCCUAAUUUGGAGGAUUCAUUUGCAUCAUUUCCUAUGAAGCCUCUUCAAGCACUCAAGGGAUGUUUUGAUAUUGAUGAAGAUAGUGCAGUAGAUGAAAAUUUAUUAGAUACUGAAGAAAAUGGAAUUGAGAAUCAAGAUUUGAAAAAAUCCUUACAACAACAAAUUAUUAUUGGUCCAAAAAAACAUUCAAGUGGUUCACUUCUACCUGAUAAUGUCUUCUCUUCUAAGAAGUUAAUUGGCGACUUUGAGAGAGAAUCUACACAACUGGGAUUUCGAGUUGAGCGCAGUUAUAGUGGUCCAUUACAAAGUCGUCAAAAGAAUAACACAGCCAACUCUUUUAUUACAAAAGAGGAUGCAUCAGAGGAAGCUGUGGUGCAGCGAAAGGGACGUUUUAAGGUCACAUCAGCAGAUCUCAGUCUCAAGGCUCCUGUUAAUAAUUCAAAUUUAAGUGGAAUUACUAGUCCACCCGCAUCAAGUAUAACUACUUCACUUCUUCCAUCUUUGCAAAGCAUUUUGCAACAUAACGCAUUGCAAAGGGAAGAAUUAUAUAAAUUAAUCAAGUUUGUGGAGCAAGUUUCUGGCAAUUCCAUGGAGUAUGUGGAUGUGGGACCCAAUGAAUCAUCACAGACACCUCUUGCUUCUCCAAGGGAGAAAGAAUUACAGUCUCAAGUGAUCCAAUUACAACAAAGAAAUGGGAUUCUGGCUGAGCAAUUGCAAAGACAGAAGAUGAAAAAUGCACAGUUGGAAAUGAAACUUAGUGAUUUGAUGAAGAAAGAAAACAUCCAAGAAUGAUUCAUGAUGACAAUAAUGAUGAUUUUUACAUGUUUCGAUGCAUUCAUGUGUCACUUUUUUGACACAUGCCGAGUGGUAAUUUUAUCUUGUAAAAGUGUAAAAUAUUUGUGAAUAUAAACUUUACUAUUGUUGUAAUCAUGUUACUUUAAAUAUUGAAAUUCUUUUAGU